AUGCCGCCAAAAACGAGAAAAGCGAAGAAAGAGGACGGCGUCGAGCAGGACGAAGAAGUCGCUGAGGAGAUUCUAGAAGAGACGAAACCGGCGAAACUCCCGGAAACUGAUAAGGGAUAUGAGAGGAAGAUUGUGGUGGCGAAAGCUGGAAGUCUUCCAAACAGCCGUAUCAUCAAGCUACGUCAUCCGAAAGAGGGAUGUGCACUCUUCAGAAUUUCAGAGGACAAUUUCGAUGAGAUUCUCGCUGUCAACGACGGUCACCGCUCGUUUUUCUACGGAGAAAGUGUGAUUGAGAACGGCACGAUUCACGUGUUCGCCGCCUAUAAUCCCAUCUUCAUCUGCCUACCGUACCUCGAGAAAAUCGAGUCGAAAUUUGUGGAAAUCGAUGAAAUUCUGAAGGAUGAGCAAUACGAGGAUAUCAAAGAAUUGGCUGGAAAUCAGAGAGUUUUGAGGACUUUAGAAGUGAUUUGUGAUGUUAAAGACGUUCUGAAUGUGAAGCUGUUCCGUCUGAAUCGUCAAAAGAUGCUCGAAUGGAUUUCCGGAAAAUUCGAAUCGCUCAAAAAACAAAUGGAAUCGGAUGCGCAUAAAUCUCUGCUGGAUUGUGCGGAAGCCUACGAUCGUCACGUCUUCACGUUCCUCGCCGACUUCCUCUCUCCAGAAUUCUCUCAAAUUGUCAAAAAUCACCUAAAAAUUCAAGAAGCGACGUCAUCUGAGAAUGUGGACAUGAGUAUGAAACGACGUGCCACCGAGGAGGACGAAUUCUUUGAAAAAGAGAAACCAGCGGCCAAAAAACCAAAAGAAUCGAUUCAGACGAAGAAACUACAGGCGGCGUCGAAGGGAACCAAAUCGAUUUCCUCAUUUUUCGGGAAAAAUACCAAUUAG